AUGAUUGGGACACUAAAUGAUUGGACAUUGGGUUUGGAAAAUAGAGAACAAGUUGAUAUAAUUUAUUUCGAUUACUCCAAGGCUUUCGAUAAAGUUAGUCAUGGAUUACUUGUUCAAAAAUUAUAUUCAGUUGGCCUCAAUAUCAAUUUAGUUAAAUGGGUUGAAGAUUUUUUUAAAUAAUCGAUAUUUUAAGGUGAAAAUCGGAGAAUGUUUUUCUACUAAAAAAUUGUGUUCUAGUGGAGUACCACAAGGAGGUGUAUUAUCUCCUUUGCUCUUCGCUAUUUUUGUUAAUGAUUUACCCUCUUAUAUCCCACAAGAAAUAAAAAUUAAACAGUUUGCUGAUGAUGUCAAAAUUUAUUCUAUUAUUAAAAAUUUACAAUCUUCAGAACUUCUACAAAGGGCAAUCAAUCAAAUUAUUCUAUGGAGUAGUGAAAACCAGCUAACACUUAAUGAAACAAAAACUAUUGUCACUACAGUAGGUAAUCAAAAAAUAAAAUAUAAUUAUGUGGUUAAUAAUAAAACAAUAAAAUUCGAUGAAGUUGUUCGGGAUCUGGGUUUCUAUAUUUCCAAAAAAUUAGAUUUUUUGGAGCAUUGGCAAAAGGCUACAACAAAGGCAAAUUUCAUUACUUAUCAAAUAUUCAAAACUUUUGAAAGUAGAGAUGUAAAAUUCAUGAUUCAUUUAUAUAAAACAUUUGUUAGACCGUUGUUGGAGUAUGGUACAAUUGUGAGCAACCCAUAUAAGAAAAACAUUCUCAAUCUUAUAGAAAGUAGCCAAAAUAAUUUCACGCGUAAAUUGUUUUUCAGAAUUGAAGGUAAAUUUUUACUUCCAAAUCAUGAAAAAUAUAAAUAUGCUGAUAAAAGAAAUGAAGAAUUUGGAUUGGUAAGUUUAAAAAGUCGUAGAAUUGUCUUAGAUAAACUAUUCUUGAAAAAAGUCAACAAUAAAAAAAUUGACUUGAAUACAGAGGAUCUCUUCACCCUGAUUACCGAUAAUGUCACUCGAAGUAACACCAGAUAUCACUACAAAUUGCCUAAAUCAAACAUUAGAAAAAACUUUUUUGUUCAUCGAACAUGCUCUCUAUAAUAAUUUCUGUUCUAUUUCUUUCCAAUGACCACAUUUAUUUGAAAAAUCGCAGCAACAACCCCCGGGCGUCCUAUCACUAGGUCCGUAUUUUUACCACCGUCCACACCAUUUUUUUUUUCUCCCUCAACUUAUUUUUUCCUACCACCUAUUUUUCUUUUUAAUUCUAUUAUGUGACUAUUUUCUUUAAUUAUUUCUUGUGUACUUAAUCACGUUAAUAGCGUAUAAUAAAUAAAUAAAUAAAUAAAUAAAUAACAAAAAUAUUUUCAAAUUGAAAAAAAAGCGCGUUUGGGUCUCGCAACGAUGCAACUAAUUUGCACACGCGCCUUUAAAUUGACCGUAGUGUUUUCUUUUUCGAAAGGAGGACGGAAUUGCUGUCCUACUUGUCCUACCCGCUGAAGAAAAACUGAAAUGCCUGUUUUUCUAUUUUGCUCAUUUUUAAGUUUUUUCAGUUUUUCUACUUUUUCUCUGUUGUCAGGUAUCACAUUAUUGAUUUUUAAGAGGGAAUCAAGUUAAAUGAACUCAUCAAACUUCUGUUUAAAAACAUCGGGUAGGACAAGUAGGACAGCAAUUCCGUCCUCCUUUUUUCGAAAAUAAACGAAAAAUGCUGAAUUCGAUGAAAAUUGUGAGUUUUCUUUUGAUAUUAGAGUAGUUCAGUGAAAAUUCUUGAAGCUGUGUCCAAUUUCACUCAAAAACUCGUCUUUUUUCAGCAAUUCCUAUGAAUUACCUCUACUACGACGCGAAAAACCUCCAAUCUGGUGAGAAAAUCAACGCAGACUUGUUGCCCAUCAAAACUUCCGAUGGAAAAAAAUACAAAACAUGUUCAAAAAAUGCGGAUUGCGAUGAAUCAAGCUACUGUGGACACGCUAUAAAUUUUGCUGUAAAUCGAAAAUUCGCCGGGGUUUGCGAAUAUGAUCAAGACAAUUAUUGUUCCGGAAUCGCUGAUUGUAAUCAAAAGGAACAUUGUUUGAUUAGAGAUCUUGAUUGGCUCCAUGUGGAACCUAGAAUUCAAUUUUGCUAUUUGAAACCAGCUGCGACUAUCGAGAAAAUUACUGAUAUUCAAAUUCAAAUUCGCGCCAAAUCAACGGCUUUCAAAAUUUGUGACGGGGACGCGGAUUGUCAAUUGGGUGAUGAUAUUGGAUAUUGUUAUAAAGGGGAUAUGGGACAAGGCAAGAAAAAAUGGACAAUUUAUCAGAAAGACCCGAAUUCUACGGUGAACUUGGAAAAACCUGGAUUUCGUGUACAUAAAUCAGGAAUUUGUAUGGAGGGUGAGGGAUUUUGCUGUCUAAAAGUGCUAACGAGUUAUGACGUGGCAGUAUGAACAUCUUUAAGAGCGUGCGGUUGCGACGCGGCUUGCGAAACUAUUGUCUAGUUUGAUUUAGCCAAUUUUUUUCAAAAAAACUCACAUUUCCUCCAGUUUUCCUCGAAAUUCACAAUCAUUUGACCAUUUCUCUGACGAUUUUCCUGUAAUUAGCAAAAAAUCUAUAUAAAAAAGUAAAGAAAAGUACAUUUUUCCAUUAAAAAACCAGUUUUCGUAUCAAAAAUCAACUGAAAUUAUGUUAUUUUUACUAGGAAAAGAUGUUUUAACAACAAAUUUCAUUCAAAUUCAUGAAAAAAACAAAAAUAAACAUUUUCGAAAAACAAAAAAACAAGAAAAUAAAAGUAGAAAUGGAAGUGCGCCCCAUUGAUAAACCAUUGCAUGUUGCGCGCUCUUUCAAAAAUUUGUGUUGCGGUUUUGCAAAAUUCCAGAAUUUUUGCAGCCAAGCCAAUCUCAUUCACACUCUAUCCACAAUUCAAAAAACUAUCGGAUGCUGAUCAACUAGGCUCCAAAGGCCUCAGAUUUAUGGCCGUCGGUUGGGGCCGAAAAAACUAUAUAUAUCGAGAUGAGAUGAUAACCUGCGGGUUGAAUGGGAAUUGCGCCGAAGACCAAUUUUGCGAUCGCAUUUAUCAUCCGCAGCUCGGAUUUGAUGACAACAACAAAUAUUGUUUUAAAAAGCCCGCUGUGCCGGCCGAUGCAAAUAGCCCGGUUCAAUUUACGGCCCCCGGGCUUUUGCUGGGCCUUGUGGCUUGUGAUGAGACUUUCGAUUGUCGAAAACAUGGAACUGAUGGAAAUUCGUUUUGUCGACAAUUGGGAAGAAAUCAAUGGAAAUAUGCGAGAUUUGAUAAUGGGACUGUGAGGAUGUUUAGUGGACUUUGUAUGGAGGGUGAGUUAGGAUAACUUGGUGUAUUGAUUUUUGGGGCUAGGCGCGAAAAUUCAAAAAUUUGAAGAAAAAACGAUAUUCCACUAAACCACGGGCACCCCCGUCAUUCAGCGGAGUAUCGUUGCACACAUGUUUGUCAAAAGUUAAGCUGAAACACGUUAAUUUUGCUUCGAGCCGCCCAAAAAAAAAAACAACAUUCCACUAAACUACGGGCACCCCCGUCAUUCAGCGGAGUGUCGUUGCACACAUGUUUGUUUCCCACCACAUUUUUUUCAAAAGUUAAGCUGAAACAAGGAAAUUUUGCUUCGAGCCGCCCAAAAAUAAAAAAAACGAUAUUCCACUAAACUACGGGCGCUCCCGGAGUAUCGUUGCACACAUUUUUGUUACCCGCCACAUUUUUUUUUCAAAAAUUAAGCUGAAACACGCAAAUUUUGCUUCGAGCCGCCCAAAAACAACAUUCCACUAAACCACGGGCACCCCCGUCAUUCAGCGGAGUAUCGUUGCACACAUGUUUGUUUCCCGCCACAUUUUUCAUUUCAAAAGUUAAGCUGAAACACGCAAAUUUUGCUUCGAGCCGCCCAAAAACGAUAUUCCACUAAACUACGGGCACUCCCGUCAUUCAGCGGAGUAUCGUUGCACACAUUUUUGUUUUCCGCCACAUUUUUUUUUCAAAAUUUAAGCUGAUACACGCAAAUUUUGCUUCAAACCGCCCAAAAACAACAUUCCACUAAACCACGGGCACCCCCGUCAUUCAGCGGAGUGUUGUAGUAGAAAAUUAUCCUUUUUCCACUAUUUUAGGGCUGGUUUGCACCAAACCAAAUCAAUUUGGUGAAAAUUUCAAAUGGAAAGCUGGUGGAAUCGCAAAAAAUCAAAAAUGCACCACAAAUUCGGAAUGUGAAGGUGGUGGAAAUACGAAAGAUGGAGAAAAUGCCAAAGAGGUUUUUGAGUGAGUGAAAAAAUUCAAAUUUCCAAUUUUCGCGCCAACGUUAUCACGGAGCAUCGUUGUAUCUAUUUCAGAAACAUUUGCAUUCGAAAUAAACCCUUCAACUUGCUCGCUUCUUGUUGUUAUCGACAAACAAAAAAAUGCGCGGGAAACAAUUCGAAAGUGAUAUUUCCGGAAAAGCGUUGCGGAAACAACGCGGAAUGUUACGGAAGCCGCGACGCAAAGCUUCGCGACAAAUGGUGCGAUUUGUCGAGCAAUCAAUGUUGUCAAAAUGCAUCGCCCGAUGCGUUUUGUCCCGAUGGACAAGUUCCGUUGUAUGCGGAAGCGGAAUGUGAGGAUGCGGAAAGUGGAACGUGCGGAAAACAUGCCGUGUGUAAAUUUGGGCAUUGUUGUGCCAAAGGUUGGUUUUUUGGUGGGUUUUGAGCAGAAAAAUUUGAAUUUUCUAAUUUCGCGCGCACAUGAAUUUCCUGAAAAAUCCUGAAAAAUUUCCCAAUUAACGUAACUUUGGAGCAUCGUAGUAUUUUUUCAAAGCCUAUAAAAUUCAAAUUUUGUGAUUUCCCGCGCAUAAAAGUUGGCGUAAUUUUGGAGCAUCGUAGUAUUUUUUCAAAGCCUAUAAAAUUCAAAUUUUGUGAUUUCCCGCCCGCGCAGAAGUUGACGUAAUUCUGGAGCAUCGUAGUAUUUUUUCAAAGCCUAUAAAAUUUAAAUUUUGUAAUCUACCGCUCAGAAAGACCAACGUAAUCCUGGAGCAUCGUAGAAUUUUUGCAGCAUCGAUUGCAAAUGGAAAAGUGGUGAAGCCAGAAUUCAGUUAUAUCACAUCUCAACCUUGUACUCCAGGAUCUCUACCUUCUCAAUUUUCAGCCGGAUAUUGUGAUCCAAAAUCCAAGAAAAUUGUGAUUAUUGGCCUCAAAUCACCAAAAGGAAUCCCCCUUAAAAAAUCACCGGAAACUCCGAAAUUAUGCCAAAAAGAUACGGAUUGCUCAUCGGAUAAUUCAGUUUUGUGUUUGAGAGAAAAUUCGAAGGAUCCUGAAGCUUAUUGUUAUUUGGAUCCAUUGGUGAGUGGCUUCAAAAAUGACACCAAACACGACCUAUUUUUGUAGAAUGAACCAGAUGACGGAGAAAAAUCGAUAAUCACAAUUAUCAUUAUUAUAAUUGGUGUGAUUUUGGUGAUUGCACUCGGCGGAAUUGGCGGAGUAUUGUACUAUUUGCGAAGAAAACGAAAAGCUGCGAAAAAGGAGGAGAAAACUGUGGUGAAUAAGGCUAGAUCGAAGCCGAAAUCGAUUUCGAAGAGCAAAACGAGCUCGAAGAGCAAAAAUUCGCAAGAUUUUGGAGCAUAA